AUGUCUCCUGCUAUUCCUGCUCCACCCCCGGCUCUCUAUCUUCAACAGGCCCGGAACAGUCCCAGCAGUCAAGAUUGCAUGUCCGUCUACGAUAAAUGGGCUGCAACAUACAACGACGAGGUCGGAGAUGAGGCUCAGAGCUAUGUUGCUCCUGUACUCGUCGCCCAGACGGCCCUAAAAUACGAGAAAGCCAAUGGCCCCGCCAACAGCAUCAUUCUAGAUGCAGGUUGUGGAACCGGACUCGUGGGACAAGCCCUGUCAAUUGCCCGCCCAAAGGCAAUCGAUGGAAUUGACCUAUCGAUCCCCAUGCUUGACAUUGCCAGAGAUACUGGUGUUUAUCGAAAUCUAGAUCAAGCGGAUAUGAAUCGACCUAUCGCGAAGCCCGACGAAACCUACGACACAGUGGUCUGCGUCGGCACAUUUACCCUUGGCCACGUCGGCCCCGACCCUGCCCUGCGCGAACUUGUUCGAGUUACUAAGACAAAUGGAAUUGUUGUUGCGACGAUUCUGGAUGAGAUCUGGGUUUCUGGUGGCUUCAAGGCCGAGGUUGAGAAGCUGAAGGCUGAAGGUAUUGUUGGUGUUACGGAGGAACUUAUAGACUAUGUAAAAGGCCACGGCGACAAAGCGGUGCUGGUUAUUCUUGAGAAGCUCCCUCUUUGUUGA